GAAAAUGCAAUUUAAGCUAAGAAAGUGGAUUGGAUUAGAGGUAAAAAGAGAGUCGGUGUCGUACAGGGUUUUGAAGCCUAAUAGUUGACCAUCUAACCGUGUGCUUCCUCUGUUUCUUCUCUGCUCCCUCCAAUGGCCGCUCUGAAACUCCCAAUUCUUCUCCUCUCUUUCCCCCUUCUUUUCUGCUCCAUAUCCGCCCUUGAUUUCGUCUUCAACGGCUUCAAUUCCACCGAUGUCUUCCUCUACGGCAACGCCAUCAUUGAAUCCCGUAUCCUCGCCCUCACCAACCAAACCAGUUUCUCAAUCGGUCGCGCUCUGUACCCUUCCAAGAUCCCCACUAGGGCACCCAAUUCCUCCCGCCUCUACUCCUUCUCCACUUCUUUCAUCUUCGCCAUGGCCCCUUACAGGGAUACCCUUCCUGGACAUGGCUUGGUUUUCAUUUUUGUUCGGGAGACUGGGAUCCACGGAACUUCCUCCGCUCAGAAUUUGGGGUUUUUGAACUUCACCCUUAAUGGGAACCCUAAUAACCAUGUCUUUGGAAUUGAAUUCGAUGUGUUUGAUAAUGAGGAAUUCAAUGACCCCGACGACAAUCAUGUGGGGAUCGACUUGAAUUCCUUGACGUCUACCGCUACCGAAGAAGCUGGGUUUUGGUCCGACGAUGGCUCGUUUAAUAGGUUCCGACUUAAUAGCGGAGAAAAUUAUCAAGUCUGGAUUGAUUAUUCCGAUUUUCAGAUGAAUGUUACGAUGGCUCCGGCGGGGAUGAAGAGGCCACGGCGGCCGUUGAUUAACGCCUCUCUGAAUCUCUCCCAUAUUUUCACCGACGAAAUGUAUGUGGGGUUUACGAGCUCUACAGGGCAGUUGGUUCAAGGCCACAACAUUUUAGCCUGGAGUUUCAGUAACUCUAAUUUUUCGUUGAGCGAGAGUUUGAUUACCGCUGGAUUGCCUUCCUUCGUCCUCCCAAAAGACCCGAUUACUAAAUCGAAGUGGUUCAUCGCCGGAGUGACGGCCGGCGGAUUCCUAUUCGUUUUCUUCAUAGCUACGAUUUUGGGGAUUUUUAUUGCAGACCACCGGAGGAGAGCGAGGGCAAGAGCGGAAAUGGAAGACUGGGAAUUGGAGUAUUGGCCACACCGAAUUACAUAUCAAGAAAUCGAAUCGGCAACCAAAGGGUUUGCAGAAGAAAAUGUCAUCGGAAUCGGAGGGAAUGGAAAGGUGCAUAAAGGGGUUUUGACUGGAGGUGGUUCGGAAGUUGCAGUGAAACGAAUUUCUCACGAAAACGACGGGAUGCGAGAGUUCUUAGCUGAAAUAUCGAGUAUAGGGAGAUUGAAACACAGAAAUCUAGUCAGUUUGAGAGGUUGGUGUAAGAAAGAGACAGGGAAUUUCUUACUCAUCUACGAUUACAUGGAAAAUGGAAGUUUAGACAAAUGGGUAUUUGAUUGCGACGAAAGAAACAUGUUGAGGUUCGAGGAUCGAAUUCGAGUAUUGAAAAACGUAGCUUCAGGGGUCUUGUAUUUACACGAAGGAUGGGAAUCAAAGGUCCUCCAUAGGGACAUAAAAGCUAGCAAUGUGUUGCUGGACAAAGACAUGAAUGGAAGACUAGGAGAUUUUGGUUUGGCUCGAGUCCAUAGCCACAACCAAGUAGCUAGCACGACUCGAAUCGUUGGCACCAUGGGCUACAUCGCGCCGGAGUUGAUUCGAACGGGACGAGCCUCGACUGAAACAGACGUGUUUGGUUUUGGUGUUUUGAUUUUGGAAGUGAUGUGUGGGAGGAGACCAAUAGAGGAAGGGAAGCCAGCAUUAGUGGAUUGGGUUCGACGAUUGGCGGCUGAAGGGGAGAUCACAGCAGCAGUCGACGAGCGACUGAGGAAGAAGGGCGGGUGGAACGAGGAGGAAGUCGAGAGAGUGUUACAUUUGGGAUUGUUAUGUGUACAUCCCGACCCGAAAACUCGACCGAAGAUGAGGCAAAUUGUGAAAAUUUUGGAAGGAAAAAUAGAGAUGGAUGAGAAUGAGAGUGAGAGCAUGAAUGCUUAUUUGCUUGAAAGAUUGAAGUCGCAAGGAACGUGGUGUGAUUCUAGCGUUGGUUUUGGGCAUAAACAUCCAACGUUUGAGGAUUUUCUUCAGUCUUCUUCAACCUCCAUGUCUUGGUCCGAUUCCAUUGUAGUGGGCAGGUGAGGAAGCCAUCGGCCUUGGAAACUCAUUGUAAUGGAUUAUUGCUUUUUAUAGCGUACAUAAACAAACUACUUUUAAACACUCUUUUGGGCUUUCGGCCCGUUUGUAAGAUUCCACAGUGGCCCACCUAUGCCCAUAAUCAUGGAUAUGGGCCUUACGAGGCCCAAAUUAUGGACGAUGGAUUUGAAUA